UGACAACCGAGCAUCGCAUCCAACAAAAUGGCGACUUUUCAAUUCAUUGAUAUUGCUUGCCUACCUACAAGAAUUUGUUGGUUAUAUUGAUUUUUGUUGAAUUUCGUUUGUUGUCGUACAAUUACUAUUGUAUCAUUAAAAUUGGUAUAUUUUGUAACUGUACAGACACCGUUAAGAGCGGAAUUUAUUGAAUACAACCGAGAUUUUAAGUAUUAAAAUCUGAAUCAGCUGAACCUUUGCUGUGGACAGGCUGAUGUCAUAGAAUGUCGUGGCCAAUGCAGAACACGGGUCCAUGGAACCCUGGCGUGGUUCCGCCGGUGACCGCAGUUCCUCAAAACAUGGGAAACUACACACCGGAGCAGUGGACAUUGAUGCAACAACAACAAAUGCAAUGGGCCCAAUGGCAGCAGUACGCACAGUGGCAGAAUACGCAAACACCCUACGGAGACAAGACGGCUCAAAUGUCUAUGCAGGCCAUGAGUGGCAUGCCGCCUCUGCCUACAGGCAAUGUGCCCAUAGUGCCGCCACCGCCCUCACAGCCUCCUCCACCACCUCCUCAUGAAAACAACCAGCCCCUGUAUGGGAACAAUCAGGUGCCAACGCCGGCAUCCCAAACAGCCACCCCGGGUGCAGUCACCCGAACACAAGACAAUACCAGCCACUUAGGUAAUAACCAACAAUGGUCUAAUACAGAUACAACCCAGCAUUCUACACUGAAUGCUGAUGCCCUCAAGAAACUAGCAGAGGAAGAGAGAUUGUUUGACAUCCAAUUCCAAAAGUGGGAGGAAGAAAUAGAAAAAUGGAAGAGGGAAAAUGCUGAUCACCCAGACAAACAGGCUUACACAGAGUAUGAAAAGAAGUUUGAGUCCUGCAGAGCCCAACUUUUAGAGAGGAGAAAGCAAAUGAACUUGAAAAAAUCCAAGUUAUUAGGUACUGAUGUAGACAAGGUUGCAUCUGCACCUAGCCAGGUGUCCCAACCUCCUCCAUCAGCAUCAAAUCAACCUAUUCAGAAUGCUCGUCAGCCACAAAAAACACAUUCUAAUGCACCACAAAUGUAUUCCAACCAGCAGCAAAAUUACUCCAACCAUCAGCAAAAUUACUCCAACCAACAGCAAAAUUACUCCAACCAACAGCAAAAUUACUCUAACCAACAGCAAAAUUACUCCAACCAAAACCAACACUAUUCUAAUCAACAACAAAAUUACCCGGCCAAGCAGCAGCAGAAUAAUUAUCCAAACCGUCAACAGCAGAAUUAUUCCAACCAACAUCAUGACAAUUACUCUAAUCAUGAAGAGGAUGACUACUCCAACCAGUAUGAGAAUUAUUCCAAUCAGUCACAGCAGCAAAACUAUUCUAACCAACAGCAAAAAUAUAAUAAUCAAGGCAAUCAGAAUUCAGGCCGUCAAAAUACCUAUGACAGAUCUAACAAUAAGUCCAUACAGCUGCAGGACAGCUAUGAAGAUAAUAUGGGUGAAGACGACUCAAGAAGCAAUUCUUCUUUCUUGCCUUCUAGUGCAACCUCCGGAAAAGGAAUCCCUGGUUUGGAUUUAGUUCCUGAAGACAGGGCGCCUAACCCAGAUGUUAUUGACAUCACUGAUGAUCCAAAAGAAAAGAAAGGGCCAGAUUAUAAAACAAUUUCCAAGGGUAUUAACCAUAUUCUUGGUGAUGAGAAGAUCAUGAAUAUUCUAUCCAUGGUAGUUGGCCAGCCGGAUAACUCCAAUAAGAAUUAUCAGCAACAGGGUGGUAGUAAUUAUAACAAUGCAAAUAGUAACAACAGCAAUUUCAGAGGGGCAAAUAACCAACAGCAGCCAAACAUGAGUUACAAUAACCAGAACCAGGUGAACUACAUGCAAGGACAAGGCCAAAACUCAAUGCAGCAGAAUUUCAAUCAGAAUUCAGGGUAUGGCCCGCAAGGGGGGCCGUACAACCAACCUCAGAACCAGCCAGGCUACCCUCCUAAUACCCAGCGGCCGCCGCAGCCUCUCAUGAACAGAAACAGUCAAGGAAUGCCGCAAGAUCAAAGAUACAAUGAUAAUGUUCCAAAUCAACAAGGUUAUAACCCACAAGGCAACUACGGAAAUGCUGGUAUGAAUAACAUGCGCCGUGACGGCCCCAUGCGGCCUGACAUGCCGGGAAAUAAUGUGAAUACUCAAAUACCUCCGCCUCCUCCAAAUAAACCAAAAUGGGUUGAGGAGCCACUGUUUACUCCAUCUAUUAUUGUUGAAUAUGAACACAAACCUCUCAGAUUGAAAGCUCGAGAUUUUAUUGAACCUGUGCACACCUUCGACUAUAACCACAAAUCCAACGACGACACAUACAAACGCAGAGAAAUAGAAAAGGCAGUUGAUGAGGAGCUUUUGUUUUCGCGAAAGUCGUGGAGGGCGGAACGGGAUUACGACGAAGACAUUUACAGUCGGCGUCUCGACAGACACGGGAGGGAGCGGCAGACGUCGCGAGACUUCCACGAGCCACGGGAGUUCGAGAGGAGAGUGCCUCCUCCCAGGGACGAGCCCAGGGAUGACUGGAGAGGUCGACCGCCACCAAGGGAGGUAGAAAGAAGCUUCGAACCCAGGGAGGAAAGAACCUACGAACAUCGAGAGGAAAGACACUAUGAGCCUAGGGAGGAAGAAAGAAGGAGACCUGAUGAAAGGCACGACGAGCGGCGACGCGACGACCGAGACCGCUUCCCGCGCCGAGAUGACUCAUUCAGAGACCGGGAGAGGGAACGAGACAGGGAUAGGGACCGGGACCGCGAGAGGGAACGGGACCGCGAGAGGGAACGGGACAGAGAUAGAGACAGGAGGGACAAGCGAGACGACAGAAUCCGCAGCAGAAGUCGGGAUAAAGACUCGAGGAAAAGGGGGAUUAGUCUAGAAACGGAGCGCAGUGUUUCGUCUAAGAAGUCGAAGGACAGUUCUGAAGCUCGCAACGGGGCGACGGAGCCGGCCAAGCACAUCAUUAUGAUAGAUGACUUGUUGGAGGCGCCCGGACGGGAUAUGAGACCUGACAAAAUUGUUGUGAUUUUGAGAGGACCCCCUGGCAGUGGGAAAUCGUAUUUAGCUAAGUUAAUUAGAGAUAAGGAGGCCGAAUAUAACAGCACAGCUAGAAUUAUGUCUAUUGACGAUUAUUUCGUGCAAGAAGUCGAAAUCGAAGAAAAGGAUCCAGCUACAGGCAAAAUGGUAAAGAAAUCUUCAAUGAAGUAUGAAUAUGAUGAGAAAUUAGAGGAGAAUUACUUGACAUCACUGAAGAGGGCAUUCAAGCGGACACUAACGGAUGGUUACUUCAACUUUUUAAUAUAUGACGCGGUCAAUGACCAGCUCAAGAGCUACGCUGACAUAUGGAACUAUGCAAGGCAGAACGGCUUUCAGGUGUACAUUUGCACGCUGGAGCGAGACCCACAAGUGUGCUACCGACGCAACAUACACAACCGCACUCUCGACGACAUUCAAGUCAUAUCGUCGCGGUUCUUCGAGACCCCAGCCCACCACAUCCAACUAGACCCAACCACGUUGCUACAGAAUGCAGCCAUACCAGAGGUGCAUAUGGAGGAUGUCGACCAUGAUACAGUGAUGGAGGACGCGUACGAAGAAGAGGUUGAACAAUCGUUCACUUCAAAGUGGGAGCGAAUGGACGACGCUUCUAAAAUAGCCCGGUUGGACGGCACCUUCAAGCCACUCCGAGCAUCGGCAGUCUCCAUGGAGGACUACCUCCAACUAGACGACUGGAAGCCAACCGUCGCCAAGCCGGGAAAGAAAUCUGUCCGUUGGGCUGAUAUUGAAGAGAGAAGACAGCAAGAGAAGAUGCGUGCCAUCGGAUUCGUGGUAGGUCAGACUGACUGGAACCGCAUGACCGACCCUACUAUGGGCUCCAGCGCCCUGACUCAAACCAAGUAUAUUGAGCGAGUGAAGCGGAACUAGGCUGCAGCUAUUCUGCUGCAGUCUUUCAUCAAUGGGGAAGAAAACGCAAAGCUUAGGACCGUUGCGUCAUUUGUCUGUAAAAGCUGGCUUGUCAUUGGUGGGUUGUGUAGAGAUUUUUAACGUCGUGUGAUUGGCCAGACAUAGUCGACGGUGCUGCCAAAGUUUCGCUAGUUUUCUUCCCUAAUGCUGUAAUUCAUUUUUUUAUUGUAUGUCUCGUUUAUUUUUGGUCGAUGUUAUAUAGUUUAAUGGAGAGACGAAUGAAGGAUUAGUCAGUGUCAAGAAUUCCUAUUGGAAUAGUGAGAAUUCACAGUUAAGGUUGUAGGUUAUAAAUACUGUUAUUUUUUAUAGCGGUUAAUAGCUAGGUAACUUUCUGGAUAAUUUUGCUUCUACCGGUUGGAGAAUGAAAAGGUUCAGGACAACCCGACGUUAAGGGCGUAACUAGGGGCUAACUCUCUGAAUAAAAAUCGAAUCAUGUACUUGUUCUUAAACAGUUUUUACUUGAAUUGAACCGCUAAUAAAUAAAUUUAGAAAAGUGAGCCUUUUCAUUGCCCGAUUCUACCUAAUUUGCCUUUUUGUUUACUUUAUUACAAAACUUAGGCUAAAAGCAUAAUCUUAUAAUAAUAUUUAGUUAAUUCAUUUAUACGUAUCUAUCAGUCUUCACAAUUAUGGGAGCAUAGGCAUCAUUAGAUAGAGGUACUUAGCCGAUUCACAACCACGCGCCAUAUAUGAGUCUAGUGUUUGAAGUAAUUUCAAAAUGGUCCUUAUGUUUGACUCACCUCUGACAUACGACUGUAAAGGCGGGUGGUUGAGAGUUGCCACGCAGUAGAGUAAAUAUAAUAGGCCUCUUUUGAAAGCUGGUUGGAUGCAAAAUAUAAAUUUGAAAUUAGAGACAAAACUCAAAACAGAACCCUAAAACUCACGUGUUUCAAAUCAGUCAAAAAUUGCCUAUUGUAUUGACUACUAUAAGAUGUAAUAUUAUCCAAAAUUUUAAAUAAAAUUAAUAUAUAGUUAUCACUUACUUAGUUCACCAUCAGUAAAACGAUAAUCAUUUUAAUAACUCCAAAAUUUAAGUUAAUUUUCAUCAGCUAGUAGUGAAUAAAAUUGUUUCGAACAUACACGUAAAGUAUCUGCAAUGUUGUUGUAAAUUAAAUGUGCUCCCUGAUUUAGUAAAUAAAUUAUUAUGAUAACAAC